GUCCUUGGGGGUGGAUUUAUAAUACUAAUACUCAUAAAAUAUGUUGGAAAAGAUUUUGGACUUCAGACCAAAGAGCACAUGAUUGUGACAUACAGUUCUCUCAUCAUGUACUCAAUUCUAAUGGGUGUCUCCCUGGUCCUUCUCUCUGGGGUGUUCCUUACGCCAGAUGGUUGGGCAAUAUUUCUAAUAAUGUUUUACAUCAUGCGGACACCUUUAAAUGCAUACUGUAUCAUGUGUGUCUGGAGCCAAUACUGUGAACUGAAGGCUGGAAGGGGCACUUUUCUUUACCAUCAGAAACGUAAGAGACAUAAUCGCAAUAUGGUGAGACAAAUCCAGCCUAUAAGCCAACCAGAUUCCUCUCAGCACACAAGUCUACCUACGGUGUCAGCAUAUUGCGAGGCAACCAGAGUGUCAUACAAUGAACAUGGUGAGGUUAUACUUGCCCCACCACCAUAUAAACUUGACCCACCAUCAUAUUCACAGAUAAACCUUAACAAUGGUGUCAAUGAUGACAGUACUGAUAGACACAAAGACAAUACACCUUUAGUGACAUCAUCAAACGUGAUGUCAAAUACAGUAUCAAUUGCGAUGUCAUUUACAUCUUUAAAUCUGAUGUCAACUACACCAUCAAACAUGUAACUCAAUGAAUCUAAAUGGUAGCCAGCAAUGGGAGAUAAAUCACCAACAACCCUGAUGACAAUGCUACAUCUCCAUGACAACCCGGCAGAUCUGCUUUACAAACAGCACCAUGACAACACCUACAUGACUCUCCAGAACAUGCCAUUGUAUGUUUUAUACUAAGAUAG